CAAUACGAGGAUUUGGGCUGCAUUGGCGAAGGCACGUAUGGGGUUGUCAUCAAGUGUCGGCAUAGGGAGACUGGUCAACUGGUGGCCAUAAAGCAGUUCAAGGAGUCGGAUGACGACGAGCAGGUCCAGAAGACAGUGGAGCGCGAGGUGCGCAUCCUCAAGGCGCUGGCGCACGUCAACGUGGUGUCGCUGCUGGAUGUGUUCUGCGCGCGCGGCCGAGUGCACCUGGUCUUCGAGUACGUGGAGCGCACAGUGCUGGACUGCCUCAAGAUGCAGCCGCGAGGAUUGGGGGAUGCACCCACGCGCCGCAUCAUGUGGCAGCUUGUCAAGGCUGUGGAGUACCUGCACACCCAGAAGGUGCCGCUGAUGCACCGGGACAUAAAGCCGGAGAACAUGCUGGUGAGCGGCGCUGGGCUGCUCAAGCUGUGCGACUUCGGCUUUGCGCGGCCGUGCGCCGGCGCGGGCGGCCGUGCUGAGCUGUCGGACUACGUGGCGACUCGCUGGUACCGCUCCCCCGAGCUGCUCGUCGGCGACCGCUGCUACGGACCCGCCGUGGACGUCUGGGCCAUAGGGUGCAUGGCGGUGGAGAUGCACACGGGCGACCCGCUGUUCCCGGGGGAGAGUGACGUGGACCAGCUCUGGCUCAUCCUCAAGGGCAUGGGCUCCCUCACCCCCACCCACUCCCACCUCCUCUCCAGAAACCCCUACUUCACGGGCAUGCGGCAGCCGGCGGUGUGGGAAAUGGAGCCGCUGGAAGUGCGCUACAGGAAAUUCGACCUGCCGCUGCUGCAGUUCCUGAAGGCGUGCCUGCAUCCCAACCCAGAGAAGCGCGCCAGCUGCAGCGAGCUCCUGCGGCUGCCCUACCUCGCCAACGUGGAAGCCUCCUUCGGUGCAGAGUUUCUGGGAGCAGAGGUGGGUACCUGCCUGCUGCUAAUCACCUGUCACAGGCCGGCAGUCCCACCAGCAGAGCAUCAUGCCUCGCUGAGGGUUACAUAUCAACACACAACAUGGUACAAUUGCUGA